GUGUGCGUCAUUGAUUUCGCCUUAAAAACAUAAAAACAGACAGAACCAAAACUUCGGACACACAUUUGUUGCAUCAGAUUUUGUUACAGGAAACGCAAAAUUCUAACUCAUCCCUCUUUUCACUCUUCUCUCUCUCUCCUCAGCAGAGAAAUUCUGUAUAAAUUGAGCCAGACCAUCUCUCUGAUCGUUGACUCUAAGCUCCGAUUCUCUGCUCUAAUGGCGAUGGCCGCACUAACAGCUUCUUCUUCUUCUUCUUCUUCUGCUAUCGCUCUCAUCAACAAACCUUUAUUACCUAACCGCUCUUCCUUCUUCUCCUCUAACUCACACUCUCGUCUUCUCCGAUUCUCUGCUUCUGUUCGUCCCCGUUUUCCAUCUGCCGCCAUACGCGCCGCUGCUCUCGAGUCGGACAAAAACGAAACUCCAAUCGUUGAAAUUGAGGAAACACAAGUUUUCGCGUGUCCUGUUUGCUACGAGCCACUUAUGAGGAAAGGACCUUCAGGUAUCAACCUACAAGCAAUCUACAGGUCAGGAUUCAAGUGUGGACAGUGUAACAAGACAUACUCUAGCAAAGAUGAAUACUUGGAUCUAACUGUCACUGCUGAUUUGGAUGAUUACAAUGAAGUCAAACCCAUUACAACCGAGCUCUUUCGGAGUCCAUUAGUAUCAUUUCUGUAUGAAAGAGGCUGGCGACAAAACUUUAAGCGAAGCGGCUUUCCUGGUCCAGAGGAAGAGUUUAGAAUGGCUGAGGAAUACUUCAAAGAAGCAGAAGGUGGGGUUCUUGUGGAUGUUAGUUGCGGAAGCGGUUUGUUCUCGAGGAAAUUCGCAAAGUCUGGCAAAUACUCUGGCGUGAUUGCUCUCGACUAUUCAGAAAACAUGCUUCGUCAGUGCAACGAGUUCAUCAAAAAGGACAACACUUUCGACAGAUCCACUAACAUAGCGGUUGUGAGAGCAGACGUCUCUCGCCUCCCUUUCCCAUCGGCUUCCGUCGACGCAGUUCAUGCUGGUGCUGCCCUCCAUUGUUGGCCUUCUCCUACCAAUGCUAUUGCUGAGAUAUGUCGUGUUCUAAGAAGUGGAGGUGUUUUUGUUGGGACAACUUUUCUAAGAUACAGUCCUUCGACUCCAUGGAUUAUACGGCCUUUUCAAUCGAGAAUUCUGCAGAGCUACAAUUACUUGAUGCAGGAUGAGAUCAAGGAUGUGUGUACAUCAUGUGGUCUCACAGAUUAUGAAGCUAUUGUUCAGGAUUCCUUUAUUAUGUUUACUGCUCGCAAGCCAUAAAGAGAAUUUGCUCUUUGCUACAAUUUUAUUCAUGUAACUAAAUUUUAUCAAAUUAAGCAACGAACUUCACCACAUUUGCUAAAAUGUGAUCAUAGCUUUGGAACAAAUGUUUUAUUGUGGAGGCGCGAGAUAUUCACCUUUAACUUGUAAUGACUAUUAUUGUUGUUUUAUGGCACUUAUUAACAAGUAGCAUCUUGUAUUCUUGUGAGAGUUUUUUCUAUCUUGUGUGUUUCAUGUAAUCAUGUUCGUCUAGAGAUCUCAUUAAAAACCCUAAAUCCUAGUUUUCUGAGAUUA